GAGUUGAGUUCUUCUUACGUAAAAACAAAGCACUGCAAAGUCGACCAUGACCAUGAACAGGUGUGGUCAACGCCAACAAAACCCAUCGGCGUCAUCAAAAACAACCAUUAUGAAUUCAAAACAUAACCAAUCAAUCAAAAUGUACGUAUCCACAACGUACAAGUUCAAGUCAUGACUAAUACCAACACCGCCCACCGUAAAUGAUGGUAGACCAGAUACAACGACGCUCAUUGGCUGGCAACAUCGCCAUAGCCUUCUUCGCGAUCAGCUUCAUCCUUAUUACCAUAGCCUUCGCCACCCCUAACUGGUUGGACUCCGACUACAGGACCAUUGGGGCUAAAUUGGACCACCUGGGUCUCUGGACGCACUGCUUCCGCUCGCCAGUGGACCCUUACGACUUCCGAGACCCGCGCUACGUUGUAAACUGUCGCUGGAUUUACGAACCCUUCACCACCCGAUAUGACCAAAUCCGGUACUUCCUCGUUCCUAGUUUCAUGGUGGCCACUCAGUCUUUCUUCACCUUGUGUUUCAUCUCGGUGUUGGUUAGUGCCAUUGUCACGUUGUCGCACUUUUGGUGCUGUAGCCCCAACAUGAAACAAUCUUUUCUGUUGACACAAAUGAACGCCUAUAUUUUACUCGGAGGGGGGCUGUGUGGCGGCAUAGCGGUCAUAGUUUUCGCGUCGUUGGCCAUUAAGAGCGGCUGGAUGCCGGGGCCCCCGGGCUUCUUAGGGUGGUCUUUCGCGCUAGCUUGCGUCGGAGUCAUAGCUUGUCUGGUGGCUUCAGUGUUGUUCUGGACCGACUGGACCGUGCAGAGGAGGACAAGGGGGCGCUUGAUGUGGCCGCAGGCGAGGUUCGAACUGGAGAGACCGAGAGCCUGAGCUAGUGGAUUUAAUCCGUCCAUGAUGUACAAUUUUAAUUUUAUUUUAUCAAGACUUGUAAUAAUUUGUACUUUUUUAAACGUAAAAUAAAGUAUUUUUGCUAUUAUAAAAACGACAA